AGACAAUCCUGCCUUGUAACAGAACGGCUGGCCGCAUCCCCUGCCCGCAUCAAAAUGAUGCAAGCAACACAGUUCUCACAGCAACCCGGCGGCAUGCCCAUGCCCCAGGGACAUAUGAUGGCUACCGGCCCUGGCCAUCCGAUGCCGCAGGGCAUGCCAAUGCAUCCUGGAGUAUCGGGCCCAAAUGGUCCUGUAAGCCAGGCAGGCCCUAUGAUGGGUAUGCAGCCAGGCAUGGGCCCCAAUGCGCAUGCUCUCUCGCAUCUGCAGCCACAGGCUCAGCAGAUGUUCCAGCAACAGCAACAACAUCAAAUGAUGAACAACCAACAGCACCCUAGUCUCAUGGCUCAAAGAUCGCAGCAGCAGGCCAUGAUGCACCAACGCCAGCAGCAGAUGCUGGCACAGCAAAAUGGCAUGGGCGGCAUGGGAUUUCCCCAACACAUGGGCAACCAAAUGACUCCCCAGCACAUGGCCGCCAUGCAACAAAUGGGCGGUCAACCCAUGGUCCAGCUGCCUCCACAUUUACGUCACCAGAUGCAGCAGCAGCAGCAGGCUAUGCAACAGCAGCAAGCAACAAGUAAUCCGCAGGCCGCCGCGAUGGUACACGCCCAGCAUCAAGCCCAAGCUCAUGCUCAGCAGCAGCAGCAGCAGCAGCAGCAACAGGCCCAGCAGCAGCAACAGAUGCAACAGCAGCAGCAACAUCAGGCUAUCUCGAUGCAGCCUGUGCACUCUCAGCAAAGCAAUCAUAGCCAGCCUGGGAGUCAGGGCCCGCCAAAUUCCUCGCAACCUCCACCAGGACAACCGCUUCGUCCGCCCUCUGCCAUGAGCCACCAAGGGCAAGCAUCUCCUGCCCCCCAAUCGACCCCGCAACAACCUCCUCAGUCAGGACCACCUCCACAGCAAUCACCCGCCCCCAAUCAACCUUCCACCAUGCAGCAGCAGCAGGCCCAGCAACAGGCUCAGCAGCAGGCUCAACAGCAAGCCCAGCAGCAGGCCCAGCAGCAGCAGCAGCAACAAGCACAACAGCAACAGGCCCAGCAGCAGGCCCAGCAGCAAGCUCAACAGCAAGCUCAACAGCAACAGCAGCAGGCUCAGCAACAGCAGCAACAACAUCAACAAGCUCAACAGCAGCAACAACCGCAGCAACAGCAACCGAACCAGCCUCCUCAAAAUCAAGCCCAACCUCAGCAACGUAACCCCGCGAUGAAUCCACAGCAAGUCGCCCAAAUGAAUGCGCAGCAAGCCCGACUUGCUAUGAUGAGGCAACACGCCGCACAGCAGCAUUCCAGCGGGCAGGGCACCUUGAAGUUGAUGAACUUUGUGGAUCAACUUGGCCGAUUUAGUUCCUCUCGAGGCGAAACAAACCGCAUGGAAAUUUGGCAAGACUUUGUCAGCAAGUUCUUUUCCGACAGUGGUUCAUUUAUUCACAUUGUCGCUGGCGGCCAGAGGACCAAACAGUUUGAUAUUGUGGCCGCGGCUUUGCCUCGAUAUUUCUGCGCGCAGUACUCUGAUAUAGAUAAUCUGCAAAUCACCCUAGACGGCGCGGCAGAAAAGAAUGUGGGUCCGGAAACCAAGGUUACUUGCGAGCGGGCGAAGUUCAUCUAUACAUAUAAGAACCAGAUCCAGGUCGUAUCCUCUGGUAAAUUGACAGCUUUUUGGGCCAACAACAACGAAAAGAUGGAGUGGUUGCAGUUUGAGGCCGUGGGUCCCCAUCAACAGUACAUACCUCGCUCAGUGUUGGAAUCUUUGUUCACGCAAGAAGAAGUCAAUCCCAUGAACGCACAGCAAUCCCCUCGCAUGAACAAAAAUGCCAAGCAGAAGCAAAACCGAAUUCCACAAGCUCCUGCGGAACCGUCGAUGCCCCUUUCAAGGCUGCCUCAAGCAGAUGUGUCCCCAUUUGGCCUCCCCCAGCGGCUCCACCCAUAUCUUGAGAUUUACGAAACAAUGAACACAAUGAGCAGUCUGAUGACCCAUUACGUCGAAUCCGAGAAGCUCAGCCCGGCGCAAGCACUGGACCAGUGGUGCCAGUUACAAAGUAGCCGAAUGCAACCCAGCAACAUGCCUCCAAAUCAGGGCAUGCAGCAACCCCCUCAACCUGGAAUGCCUCCUGGGGCCCGGACACCGUCAAAUAUACCACCAGGGCUGCCACCGAACCAGCAGUUCAUGUCACCUGCUUUGCAAAACCAGUUGCUUCCGAACGGCAACAUGAGCUCGCCUCAAAUGAUGCAACAAAACCACACUCCGUCACCUGCCUCGCAUCCUAUGGCUGCUCAGCUCAGUCAGGGCAGCAAUGCUGCGAGUAUGAACACAUCCCCCAGCCUGAAUCAUAAGCGGCGAAGGAGUACAGCUAUGAAAGACGGUGACGACGGUGGUGGAGAUAUGAACGGCGCAUCCAAAGUCAAAGCAAGUCCAAGAGUGGGGGGCAACAAGAGAAUAAAAGGCGGCAACUGA